AUGGCGUGCCCAGACUGCGGCUCCUCGGACCUUGUCGAGGAGGAAGGGAUGGCGAUAUGUAGCUCCUGCGGAUCGGUGCUCGAUGCGAACGCUCUCCUUUAUCCACACGAGUUCAACCCAGCGUCCACGAAUUAUCGACGUCCACAGCAGCUGAGAUCUGGCCCGAACGUGGCGCGGGAAGAAGCACGCAAGGAGCAGCGUGCACAACGGGAGGCAGCGCGCGAGGAGGAGCGCGCCCACAAGGAGGCGGCGCGGAACAAAGCGCGAGAGGAGGAGCGCGCCCACAAGGAGGCAGCACGGAACAAAGCGCGAGAGGAGGAGCGCGCCCACAAGGAGGCAGCACGGAACAAAGCGCGAGAGGAGGAGCGCGCCCACAAGGAGGCAGCACGGAACAAAGCGCGAGAGGAGGAACGUGCACAGAAGGAGGCAGCCAAAGCAGAGGAGGUGGCGCAGAAACGCGCCCGCGAACGCGACGCGGAGCUUGAGGCAGAGGCAGCGCUCGCCGUCAGGUGGAGGGAACUCGCAGCAUGGCAGCAGCAGAAGGCGCGGGCGAAGGCCUCGCAAGCGCCCUCGCAAGCGAGCGUGCAAGCGGCCGCUGCCAGAGCAGCCGAAGCCGCAGCGCAGGAGCGGGAGGCUGCCAAGAGGGCAGCCCGAGAGGAGGCAGAGUUGUGGCAGUCCCGCCUGAAGGAGCAGCAGCAGGCGCAGCUCAAGGAGGCCGGCCUCCGACAGCAAGCUCUCUUGCGCGAGGCGCGGCUGCGGCAGGCUGCGCGGCAAGUGGCGACCGGUGCGCCAAGCGCGUAUGGCAGCUUUGACGACGCAUACAAAUCCGUCGACGACCUCUCCACUGACGAGCUCGUGAGACAUGUGCUCGCGCAGGCGGAGUGCCCGUGGAAGUGCUUGUUUCUUGCCCCGCACGCGCCGCCUGAUGAGGUUCGCAAGAGAUACAAGCAGCUCGUGUUGCGCCUUCAUCCUGACAAGACGGAUCAGGUGCAGGCGGCGCAGGCUUUCGCAGCCGUUGAGUCUGCUUACCAACGGCAACGCAUGAUUCGGCAAUGA